GAAUGAACAUUGGGCUUCCGUGAAGUCUCCAGUGAAAGUCCACGUCCCGUUUGUAUUUUAUUGGUGAAAAUUAGGACAACAUGGUGAGGACGAAGGCAGACAGUGUCCCCGGAACUUACAGAAAAGCUGUGGCUGCAUCUGCACCCAGGAAGUCAUUGGGUGCCUCGAGUUCUGCUAAUGCAUUAAGCAGCUCUCAAGCAGGCACACCUGCGAAGAGUAAAUUUGCUGGUGGUAAUCCUGUGUGCCCUCGGCCCACCCCAAUUUGGCAGAAGGGAAUUGGAGAUUUCUUUGGUGGGCCCAGCAGGAAGCCUGACAAAGAGAACCACCUCCCCCAAUCAGAUGAUGAAGAGGCCGGAGUCAGUGGAGUGUCCAAGUCAUCCAGGAAAUCCAGACCACUGCCUGCUGAAGAUGAGGGUGAAUGAGCUUAGCCAAUGGUGCCCCACUUGAAAGCCAUUGGCUCUAAUACUUGAAUGGGCUGGGUAUAUCUGUGUAUAUAAUUAUUGAUUAAUUCAUGUUUUUGUACAGAUGUUUAAUAAACUUUUUUAUUAAGCUUGAUCCCAU